AUGGUUUGUUACUGUGUCAGAGAUCCUACCGAUGGGAAGGAUUAUGUGAUGAAGGACUGUUGGGUGCCUGAGGCAAAGAGAUAUCAUGAGGUGGCCGUUCUCAAGCAAGUCCACGGCAUCCCUAAUGUCGUCCAACUUGUAGAUGAUUGGGAUGUCAUGUAUGACGGGGAGCCUGACUGUACAGCACGGAUUCGUGAUCGCUAUCAGCAGUUCGACCCGGACGAUAGGGAUGACCACAGGUUCUGUAAUCGAUUUCACCGACAGCUUGUCAUGACUCCUUGUGGAGAACCACUGUCACACUUCAGCUCUAGGAAGGAGUUGAUCUGUGCUUUUUGUGACUUUGUUGUUGCUCAUAGACUCAUGGUCGAAUGUGGAAUUCUACAUGGGGACCUCAGCCUGAACAACUUCAUCAUUUAUGAGGGUAACAGCUACUUCAUCGAUUUCGAUUAUGCCAGAUUUAUAGAGGAAGGCAAGACGUCUACAAUUUCAUUUGGUACUGGGACUAUCCCAUAUAUCUCCAUGCGUGUCCUUAAGAAGAUGUUGAGGAAUGCCGAGACCGUUAAAAAGACUGCUGAUGCUACUCAGCUGCAGCAAAUCGAACACUACAUGUGCGAUGACCUUGAGUCUAUGUUUUACAUUUUUUUCGAAUUUGUUACAAAGUAUGGGGGGGCACAUGGUAUAGUCGCACCGACAUGGGAUAAGCUGGCGAUGCCAUGGUUGGAGGCCUAUGAAAACCUAGGUGCCAGCAGUUUACUUACCACCUUCUUAUCGAAGAAGGGGGCCAUAUACGAAGGCGACUUUCUAAUGGACAGAGUCUCCGAUUAUUUUUCGGAAUUCAAACCCCUAGUCAAUGAAUGGCGCAGUCAAAUCCACCUCACAGAAAUUGACACCAAUGCAACAAUCAUUCACGAUCACAUAUUCCAGAUGCUUGCAAUGUUCAUUGCGAAACUCGAGGACUCAGAUGAAAUACCCAUCCCAAUCCCGCUGCCCUAUCCUCCUCCCCAGUCUCCUACUGUUCAACCCACUGCAGGUCCUUCGACCCUUCCACGUACUGGCACAACAUGGUCUUCGACUAGUUAG